CCGAGAAACCCUCGGUCUUUUUUUUUCCUCUCUUUCUCUCUCUCUCUCCAGCUCCACCUUCUUCCCGUCACCUUCCCGGCCCGGGUUUAGAUUCUGGGGUAUUUACGGGAAGCGCUACUUCUGAGCCCCGGUUGGGUUCCCGGGAGCCACUUGGGUUCGCCAACCCCGCUCCCAUUCUCUCGGGACUGACAGCUGCUUCCCCGCUUCGCAGGGCCUGGGACGGGAAGAGAAGGGAGGGGACGUUGGGGGAGGGGACGAAAGACCAGAAAGUCUAGUCCUGGAGACAAGAGGGUGGAGCACGUGGAAGAGAUUCCCGCGUGGGACGGGCGGGAGCGAGCACGUGGAAGGGGAGCCCACGUCGGGAGUGGUGAAGCAGAAAUGAAGAAGAGAGGCUCAUACAGCAGGGAGAAAUAUGGGAGAAGCAGUUAUCAACAGAGCAAUGCUUGUCGCUGGAACAGAAGGCGCAGUUCUAAUGAAAGAUAUGGAGCACACACAUCUCAUAGUGCUCAAAGUUCUGACAGCAAUACUAGCGCCCUUUCAUCAACUUCCAGCUCAGACGCAAGCUCUUCAGUGCCAGAACUGCCAGGAUUUUACUUUGAUCCCGAAAAGAACCGUUACUUCCGCUUGCUUCCUGGACAUAACAACUGCAACCCCCUCACAAGGGAGCUUAUCCAGCACAAGGAGAGGGAGAGCAAAAGACUGAAGCUUUUAGAGGAAGAGGAUCUGCAAAAAAAGAAAACAAGCAGAAUUGGAUUGAAUCCAUUACCAUUGUUGAACAAGAGGCAGUUGGGUUUACUCUACCCUACCAAUUAUUGCCGACUAGUCCAUGAGUUACGUGUAAACUGCAUGCAGAGAAAGAAGGUGGAAAUUCAGAGCCCCGAUUCCUCUGUUGUUGGAACUGAUCACUUUAAACUCAUAGUGGCUGACACUGCCCGAGAGAGGAUAUUCACAGUUAAUGAUGUGGAGCAUGGAGGCUGCAAGUAUGGCAUCAUCAACCUUAGUGGUUUAGGAACCAAGGCUCUCACUGUGGAGAUGUAUGACAACCUCUACUUUACCAACCGCAAGGUAAAUUCUGUAUGCUGGGCCUCACUGACUCAUCCAGAUUCCCAUGUUUUGCUUUGUCUCAUGGGCAUUGCAGAGACUCCAGGCUGUGCCAGUUUACUUCCUGCCUCCUUGUUCAGCAACACCAGACCAGCAGAAGACCAGCCUGGCAUGCUUUGCAAUUUUAAGAUCUCCACUGCCUGGUCUUGUGCAUGGUGCCUGAACCCCCAGGCUAAUAAUUGCUUCAGUACAGGUUUGUCCAGAAGGGUCCUUGUAACCAAUGCAGUGACUGGUCAUCGGCAGAUGUUUGGGACCAACAGUGAUGUACUGGCACAACAGUUUGCCACCCAGUCCCCUGUACUAUUCAAUGGCUGCCGCUCUGGGGAGAUCUUUGCUAUUGAUCUGCGUCAUCGAAAUCGUAAAGGCCAGGGCUGGAAAGCUGCCCGCUUAUUCCAUGACUCAGCUGUGACGUCUGUUCGGGUCCUACAAGAUGAGCAACACCUAAUGGCGGCAGAUAUGUCUGGGAAGAUCAAGCUAUGGGACCUGAAGGCAAAUAAGUGUGUGAAACAAUAUGAGGGUCACAAUAAUGAAUACGCCUACCUGCCCCUGCACAUACAUGAGGAAGAAGGACUUCUGAUAGCAGUGGGUCAGGACUGCUAUACAAGGAUAUGGAGCCUUCAUGAUACCCAUCUGCUCAGAACCAUCCCUUCCCCAUACCCAUCCUCCAAGGAAGACAUCCCUAGUGUGGUUUUCUCCUCCUAUCUUGGCGGCUCCCGUGGAGUGCCAGGAUUGCUCUUGGCUGUUCGACAGGAUCUCUACUGUUUUCCCUAUAAUUGACUUUGCACUAGACCAGAAAAAGAAGCACAGUAAGAUGCCAACCUAAUGGAAUGGAGAUCUAACCAAGUAGAUUAAAUACAAACUCGUCAGUAUAAAGUCUGACGGUAUUGAUAUUGUUGCCUUCCUUGAUAGGAUAUUUUAAGUGGGUGCUUUCAACUUAUUUUUUUUCUUCUUAGCUUCUUGGGUUCAGGUUAUAAGUCUUGCAUUAUGUGGGAAAGCUGCAGAUGUAUUGUCUAAUUCCUCUGUGGGCUCAAGGAGUGUGCAAAUCCUUUUCAUAAAAGGUGCCCAUUUCCCUUCCCUUGGAAGAUCUCAUUCUGUUUUUAAAAAUAAACAAGACUUUCCAAGAACUGAAAGGAUUGAUAGAGUUGGGUUUUUCCUUCUCACUGACCAGAAAACUUUCCUUGAACCUAAUGAAUGAGAAGUCAGUCUGUGCCUGGGUCCCAAGAUAUGUGCACAUGCCUUAUCAAGAAAACCACUAUGAUAUUUCUACAGACAGUUUAAGUAAACAAGACUUGAAGAGUCAAAGACAAUACUCUAUUAUAGUCUCUAAAGAACAGGAUGUGGCAUUAUGGGAUGGGUAACAGUUUAACCUUCUUGAUUAUACACCAUAUAAGUUUCUGGGAUAUCUGUUCCAGUUAUCUUUCACGAGCAUUGGAAAGAAAACUUUUUCUUUAAAUUAUGACUGCCUUUAAAGUUUUCUUCCUUUGUUAACUGAGCAAUAAGUCUAGCGACAUGUAACUAUUUACAGUGGUUAAAAUAGAUGGAAGUAUUUUUCAGUCAGCAAAUUUCAUAAAUCUUUUAU